AUGAUCGUGGUAGGAUACAAUCACGCUCACCCGGACGAGGCGUGGGAUCUCCCAGCCGUUCGCGCUCGCUUCAGGCGAAGCGCUCUCGAUACCGGUCGAAGACAAGGUCGCCUUCACGUCGAGAAUAUAUUGGAGGUGAAGUACAUGGUGAACAUACUAGUAAACAAAUGGUCCGAGGACGGUUUCGGUUUACGAGAUGCCGAGAUUCCAAGUGUCUAUGUUAGCACGCCUGUUCCCAUUCCCACCUGGCACGUUGUCGUGGCUGAUGCCAGUGCCCGCCGCAUUCCUCCGGCUCAGGUUCGGCGAGAUGAUCAAGCAAAUAAAGAAGAAACCAGCAAUCGAGCUGACCAUUAUGACCUCACGACUCUCGCUAUCAGCAUCCAGAAGCCCUCUGCAGGACCGAUGAUGAGGUUCGAGCGGACCCUCUUCUCUGGUUCACGCUUCAUGGUCAUGCUCCAAUUUGAUCGCCCUACAGACUUCGACCCCAAUCUUCUCCAAAGUUCACGGCCCUCGCCAUUCCUCAUCCUGAUACCUUUGCCAGAGAUAUGGAAUUGGAAGCUGGUCUGA